AAUACUGUUCGCUAGUACUAAAUCAGUACGCUGGCGACGCUGUUAGUCUCAGGAAGUUCAAGGAAGACACGGAAAUGAGGGAAUGGCGACUGCGAGUGGUGUGGUGUACGACACAAUUUUGCGUUGUGAGAAAAAUGAGCUGCCCUUCAUGACUCCGGUUGUUAAAUGAAGUUUAUAGUUAAGCAUGUCGACUAUAUGACGAUCAGGAUUAGGAAAAUAGCCCAAGGGAUAUUUUCUCGCCGUCCUGUUUACGACUAAGUGUGGAAACGUCACUUGUCCUCUGUCGUGGCUACUUCCUUGAACCUGUCACGAAUUAAAACUACCUCGAAAAUACUUGGUUAUUAUUAGCCCUUGAAUUUGCAUGAGAACGCGUAUCUGUCGACGGCAAAAAUGUCAGCCGAAUACAGUCGAAGUGUUUUAAAAAUAGUUGUUGCUCAGAUCUGCCAGACCAUAGGAUGGCAUUCUAUUAAUUCUACACCAUUAGAAUUCCUAGUAGAUCUUAUGCAGGAAUAUCUGUUUCGUGUUUCAAAACUCACUCAUCAGUAUGCAGAAGUUUUGGGAAGAACAGAAGCUAAUCUUGAUGAUUUAGGAUUAGCAUUUCAAUAUAUGAACAUUGAUAUACAGGAAUUAGCAGAAUAUGUGAAAAAUGUAGAUUCUAUACCAUGUGUUGUACAAGUGCCACAAUAUCCAAUUCGACGUGAAAAUCAUUUAAAUUUUUUAAAACCGGGUAGUCGUGAAGUUGUUACAAGAUCAGUGCAUAUACAUGAACAUUUACCAGCUAUGUAUCCAGAUACGGAAGAGGAGUAUGUACCAGAUAAGAAUGAAAGUUUAAUGAAUGGCACGACAGACCUGACAUCCAAUAGUGGGACAUCAUCGGGCAAUUCGAAUAAUGCAUCACCUCAUAGAACAUCACCACAGGUGGUUUUUAAACGGCCGGGUGAUCCAGUAUCUUUUGAAAGUCCUAUAGUGAAACGGGCGAAAGUUUUGGAGGAAGGCAGACCGUUACGUGAAAUAAGCAGUGUUAUGAUGACUACAUCUGGUUUUUUAUCACCCGCACGAGAGGGAAAAUUACCUGAGGCAAGGACACCACAUCAAGUCCGAUCAGAUUCGCCUCAACCGAGUUCUUAUCCAAUGGUACCACCUGAAUUGAAAUAUGACAAGAAACCAAAGAAAGUUAUAAAGAAAGGCCCAGAAGAUCGUAAGCUUGAUAAAGAAAACAAGAAGAAGAAAGGCGCGAAGGAAUUAUUCAAGCCAGACAAAAUUGACGAAAGCAAAGUAAAAAAAUUAGUCGGCAUGAAGGAACUGGCCAAAUUGAAGCCGUUGAAACCAGGAGGUGGUAAAGCGCAGUCUACUACGUUACAAGAACUAACGAGUAGCAGACCAUCAACACCGAAGAUUGUGUCACCGAAAUCAACCGCCGGUAGUCCGAAGCUAUCAAAGACAACACAACCGAAAGUGAAAACCGAAAAGACGAUAGACUUGAUAGACACUCCUCCUGCCACCGAGAAGAAAGAAGAAACCGUUGACAAGUUGCCAUCGGAACCAGAUAAACAGAAACUGAAUAUUUUUAAGAAGAUAUCGAAACCACGCGAAGAAAAAGAUAAAGAUAAAGAAACUACGGAGCCGCAUAAAUACAAGGAUGUCCUUGAUUCACGUGAGAAUUCGCCAGAGUUGAUCAUAGAUGUCGAGAAUGCAGAGAAGCAUGUGCACCGUAAUGAUGCGGAUCCGAAAGGAGGACGCGAGGAGAAAAAGACACCUCACACUCCAGAUGUGCAUAUACCACCAGAUGGUGAUUUGGCGGAUGUACAAAGCUCAUCUUCGGACGUUUACAUAUUCGACGAUGCUGACAUUUCACCGCCAGGUACACCUAGUACACCGAAAACUCCCGAAUUGAGUGUUCCCACGGUUCCAGAGCAGAAGCGGAAGAAGAAAGAAAAGAGUGGCAAAAAGAAAGAACCUAAAUUGAAGAGUCCAAAACAAUGUGUCAGCCCAAAGAAAAUAAAGGUCUCGAAUGAUACAGCAGAAUUAGAUUUACCAGAUCGGCCCAAAACGCCACAGGCACCUGAACCGCCAUUACACAGAGAGCCUACUACUCUUCCACUUCAACUUCCAUUCCCCUUUUUCCCUACAUUUCCUUCAGCACCUGGUUUAAUUCCUCCGAUGUUUCCGCGAUUUCCGUUGCCGCUUCGAAGUGGUCCAGGUCCUCAUCCGGCAAUGCCCAAUUUACCAUUACCGCCGCGUUUUCUCAAUCCACCUAUAAAGCCCGAAGACUUUCCACUGCCUAAGAUUAAACCUGUAGAACGUGAGAAGCCACUGAUCCUAACAUCGGCUGAUUUAGCAUCUUCAUGGAUUCCAAGUGAAAAUGAAAAGGCAGACAAAGAGAAGGUGGAUAAUAAGCUUACGAAAAUAUCUAAGCAAAACAAAGAAUUGCCUUUCAUGAAAGUACCUGAGAAGGUACUGCCUGUAGGCGUUGCACCGCCUAUAGUGUCUGCACCUGUUGCACCAAUCACGCUUCCUACACCACCAGUACCCGUUGUGCAAAUGCCACCAUCGAAAAAUCCUAAAGCUGAAAAAACACAGAAGAAUGAUAUGAAAUUUAAAGAACAUAAGAAAGAAAAGAAGGAUAAAUUGAAGAAAAAGAAAGAUAAGAAGGAGAAACACAAAGAUAAAGGUGAAAAACUGAAGGAGAAGAAGGAAAAAACUGAGAAACGGGAGAAAUUAGAAAAGCUUAAAGAGAAGAAGGAGAAAAAAGAAAAGAAAAAGGAAAAGGAUCAAAAUAAGAAGAACCUGAAGGAAGAUAAGAAUCCGGAAGCUGUUCCUAAAAUAACAUUAAAAUUAGGUACAGCUUCUCCUAGACCAGCAACUCCAGACAAUGCCCCUAUGAAGAAAAUAACUAUUAAGCCACUUGUGAAAAAGCCUGAUGAAGAAGUCAAGCGGGAUCCUAGUCCAGAAUUGGCGAAAAUAUCAGCAUUAGUAACACGACCGCCAAAGCAAAAGUCAGCAAGUAAGAAAACAGAGGAGGGAAUAUUAGAUGGAAGCCCUGCUGUUCCUACAGACUCUUUUUCUGCCAAUCUUACUAGUGUAUCACUUGCAUCAGUUCCUCGAGCAAAGAAAUCUAACUUCCAAAAUCUAUCUCAAAGUGAACCAAUACUUACACCUCAAUUUGACAAUCCUCCUAAACUCCCAACCCUCCUAGUGCCGCCACAACAACCACCGUAUUAUUUUGAUCGUGGAGGUCGUCAGGUUUGGAUAUGUCCUGCAUGUGGCAAUCAGGAUGACGGUUCUCCAAUGAUCGGUUGCGAUGAUUGCGACGCGUGGUAUCACUGGGUGUGUGUUGGUAUGCAGGUUCCACCGGCUGAAGACGAAGAUUGGUAUUGUCGCUUCUGUAUAGCGAAAAAGCAGGAAUUACUCCAUGAUAAGAAGAAGAAAAAACGAAAAAAGAAAGUGAAAGUAACGGCCUAGUAUAAGUCAACCGGGUCUAAUUGUAUGAGACCCGGUGUUAUUAUACCAAGUAUUACCAAAGUUAAAGCGAAAGAAAACAAAAGUGGUGUUAAAAGCAUGAAAAUGAAAAAAGUGCCUAAAGGCGAUGUUAAGAUGCAAAUGAAAGGAAAAUCGAUAAUGGCUAAAGCAACAAAAGCUACAAAGAAUGUAGUGAAAAUGAAGACUGUAAAAAA